ACCUGAGCACAAAAAAAAAAAAACGUGAGUACGUACGCGGACAACAGGCAUCUCCCAGUCGUUUUCUUGCCAGCAAAGCGGUGGCCAACCUCUCUUUCUUCCCACGGAUAUUCCUGUUUCCUUGCCCACGCGUCCAUCAGCCGUGAUGACUUGAUGGAAAAACCUUGCACCAAGAGGUGCGGGGAAUUCAGCGAAGGUUGGGCAUCAGGAAGGGCCAUCUCUCGGCGAUCUCAUAUCAUGCCAGCCUGGCUGAAACAUCAAUAUCAACUCAUGACUGUCAGAGCCAUGGCGCAGAACAGGCAGCCCUCGGGUGGCUACAAGCAGGAGCCUGAUCACAUGAGUUUCCUGGGAUUCCCGUGGCUUCCAGAAGAUGGCAACGCUGUCGCAAGCUUGACCAGGUCAGGACUCCAAAAAGUCUCUCCGGGAGGCUGGUUGAACAUUGGAGACCUUGGGAAAGCUCCCAGAGACACGUUCGUGGUUCUGCCGUCUACGGUCGAGUCUUCGCUCGCCGUUGACCGGGGUCUCACGCGGACGUGCAGGCUGUUGCCUUUUGGCGGGCACCCCUUGCGAGCCACAGCAAUCGCGACAUUCCUCUUGUUGCUGGCUUUUGCAUUUACGUUUUCUGUCCGUAUCAACAUGUUCUUCACAUCGUUCGUCAUCUUCCCUCCCGCGCUGGAUGGAGGUGGUGACAAGGCGAGAUUCGAUGGCGCAGGCACCAAGCCAAAAGGUGGCUGGUUCGUUGGAAAUGAGGGACACCACGCAGGGCAAAACGGCGGCCAACGGCUUCCCGGGCCUGCCUAGAUGCCUAGUGUUGUCUCGAGCACAACGGGUACCGACCUUUCAGCUUUUUAAGCCUUAGUGAGGUUGAGCUACGCUAUGGUACGCGCGCGAGAGAAAGCGUAUACUGUGUACGCCUCCCCCUCGUUACCGUUCUCUUCCUCGGGCCCGUUUUCCCGACUACCUACCACUCACGUGGACUUAGAAGACGGGAGUGUCACGAGCUACUUCUGGUCAUAAUGUACACGUCAGAGCGAGGAGAAAAAGAAAAGAGAGAAUCCACAAGCUAGCCGAAAGAAACCGGCCGAAGGAAGAGCUCAUUCUAGGUGAUGAGCUCUAUCUGUGGAAGUACGGCAAACACUCGAGUCGAGGUAUCCGUAGUGGUGUACACCUCUGACGGGCCUUUCCCUGGCAAAAGCAAGAUGAAGAUGAGGUGACGAUUGUGGAGAUCUGGAGGCGUCGGGUGGGGUGCACUCAUCCUCUCCCUCCCUCUCUCUCUUUGCUCUGCGGCACACGUUCUUGGU